AUGGCGGUGACCAAUCAACCCGGCAGAUAUCCGGCUUCUGACUUCCAAACCGGCUUGUGUGACUUCUGCGACGAUUGUGGAACAUGCUGCUACGGCCUGUGGUGCUUCCCGUGUCUUAGCUGCACCAUCGCCAGCGACAUGGACGAGUGUUGCUUGUGCGGCCUGAGCAUGGCUAUCCGCAGCGUCUAUCGGACCCGAUACAACAUCAACGGCUCGCUUUGCAGCGACUUCAUGACCAACUGGUGCUGCCUGGUGUGCGCCACCUGCCAGCUAAAGAGGGACAUCGACCGGAGGAAGGAGCAAGGCAUUUUCUGA